UCAGUCAACGAGCGCAAGACUACUGACUAGUCAGUAGGUCGCCAUCAUCCGAACUGGAAGGUAGUCAAGUCCGUACUGUGUGUAGUCUGGUGCUAAAAGAAGAACCGUUGUUGUCGAGUGUGUUUUGCGGUGCAGAAAGUUGUGUGCGCGUGAGACGGAGAGAGGAGACUAACAGGUGUGCGCGCGUGACAGAGAAAGCAAGUGUGAGUAGUGUGCUUGGUGAACGGUGCGUAGGAAAAGGAGAAAGGACUAGAGAAGGAGAGAGAAGAAGAACUCCAGGAUGCGGUUGUGCCAGACCACUUUGGGUUUAGCCACGGUUUUGUUGAUCGGACUGGCAGGCCUGCAGACAGUGGGCACCACUUGUGUUUUCGAGUCGGACUUCGGCUUCACGCUGAACUGCGCCUUCAAGAAGUCCGGCAUUUUCAGAGUGAGAAAUCUGGGAGGAGUCAAGGGCUAUGUAGGCCUUGGCUUCAGCGUGGGAGAUGAGUUGGGCUUCAAGGAGUCCCUGUCGCAGCUUGAGAGCAACAAGCGACGCUCGGCUGAGAAUGCGCGAAGUGUCGAUGACGCUCCACAGGGCGAAGGUCGAAGCAUAGCUCUGCCUGCCUUCAAGCCACUACCAUCACCAGGUGGUGGUGGCGGUGGGGGAGGGGUGCCUCAGUUUUCCGCCCUGCCUCCCUCCAUAGCGCGAAUUCCCAACCCCCCUGGGCAUGCUUUCCAGAGCGCACUACAGAUGGCUAGUCGUCGAUUCCAGGUGAACGUAGCCAACAUGCCCCCCUCAGCCAAGGGCAGUGUGCAAGCUGUCCCCAACCCCCUAGCAGUGCGCACCCUUCCGGCGCAGCCCCAACCCACCCUGGUGUCGGGUCUCAACAUUUUCGAGCCCAACCCUUUGCUCAUGGGUCAUUCCAUCUACUCUCUCUCUCGCGCCUCCAACAUCAGCGUCGAGACGCUGGCUGCCGCCAUCAAGCUGCGCGCCGAACAACUGCGCACCUCUACCACCACCACUAGCUCCACCACAACUACCACUACAACUACGCCCAGAUCAACAACAGCACCGGCGAUAGUGGAGCGGCCAACACACCGCCCCAAGUACUCACUGAACAGCGGCGGAUCGGGGCGGGUGAUGAACGCUCCCAAGGAGUACUACCCGGUCAGCUACGACAAGAACUACGACGACAACUUCACGUCACGCGUCGAGCUGCCCGACACGUCAUUCAGUUGCGGCGACCAGAAACACUUUCCCGGCCUCUACGCCGACGACGAUCUCGGAUGCAUGGUUUUCCACGUAUGCGCGUUCACCGAUGAUGGCUUGGUUAUGAAGAGCUUCCUGUGCCCUGAGUCAACGCUAUUCGACCAAACAAUACUCAAAUGUAACUGGUGGUUCUACGUGGACUGUAAAGCGUCCAGAAAGCUGUACGACAGCAACAUUCCCGUAUCAAAGAGCUAUCAACUGAUGAAGGCACUCGCCUUUUUCUCCUCAUACAAAAACCAGACAAGCAACGCAACGUGAUGAGCGCCCGACAUAAUUAUCAAACCAAUGUGCCAAGUAACAAAAGACUCUAGCUAGAGCUGUUAGAGACAUCUAGAGCAGGAGGCAAUUAUAGUAACUACAAUACUAUAAAAUAUACGUAUCAAUACCUUGUAAACGAAUUACUAUGUAUUGGUAACUAGAAUACUGUUCAAUAGUAAGAAAGUUACUAUUCAUUAGUUAUAGUAACUAGAAAUAUACUAUUACAGAUGAUGCAGUAUUUAAAUUUUACAAGCAGCAAUAUUAAUUAGAAAUUAAUUACUUGACAGAAUUUAGCUUAACAUAUCUGAAAGCUGCAAAACUUGACAUUAGAUUCAGAUUAGGGUUACAGUUAAUUACAAUUAAUAGGAAAAAAUAUAUUGCUGUUUACAUUUUCUUUGGCAGGAUUUAAAAUUCUCAACAGCAACCCUUAGUGCCGGUAACACAAAAUCCGGUUAAGUUUUAAUCGUGAUUAAUUCCACGAAAGUCAAUCAGAAAAGCCGUCUUAUCAAAAAGGACUUCUCUGACUGAUUCUAGUGAAAUUAAUCACGGUUAAAAUUUAACCGGAUUUUGUACAACCGGGCCUUAUUAGUAGAAAUCUAUUUGUCAUAAUAAGCUCCUCAUACAGUCUGUUUUAUGCAAUAUUCAAUAAGUUAGUUUAGCUAUUUAUAUUUAGUUAGCUGUGCAGACUCAAUUUCAUAUUUAUAAAAAACAACAAUCCAGUAUGAAAUUAAAUAGAACAAUGAUCUAGGGAUUUUUAAUUCAUAUUCGUAACAAGAAAAAUAUACGAUAUGCAAAUCCUUUUCGCAUAUUUGUACUUUAAUACUUUAAACGGAGGAUUCUGUAGCCUCUGUGUGAUGAGUGACAUUUUAAUACUGUAGCUCAAUCCAGUUGACUGAUGGAGAAUUUUACUAUUAUGAGUAAUCUACUUUUUUACUGCUAAUAGAAUAACUGAAUGAGCGGAUCAUUCACAGGAAACUCGGAUCAAAUAAUGCAUGAUAACACAAAUUAACAUAAUUUGAACAUUAACAUUAAUGUUAUUGUGAUAUCAGGAGACCAAAACAAUAGUCAAUCAGUGAAUUAAAGUUAGGACUAGUUGAACCAAAUUUACUUACUAGUUGCAGUUUCCAAUGUUACACAGGAAUGACUUCAGGAUACUAUUAUGCUCAAGCCAAAUUGUAGAGAAACAUGCAGAUAUCUAGUCUGUUUUAAUCAUAAUGCGUCAUUUCAGUUUUAUAUUAUUUGAACUUCUCUAUUAAAAUAAUCAUCUGAAAUCAUGCAAAAUAAUAAGAUGAGUUGAAAUAAACAAAAUAUGAAAUAUAGGUAGCUGUCGUCAUGGAGAAAUUGGAAAUAUGAAUUUUUAAUGUUAAAAACGUCCAUUCUACAUGUUUCAAAUUCAAUUUUUCUGGGGAAUCUCUGAUGGAUUCCUCGCUUUAAAACAAUACAAUCAACAAUUUCAAAACAAAGUUAUGAUAAUAACAGUUUAUAUUAGACAAUUUUGAUUGUGAAGUACUGUAUUUGUAAAAUUUCUGUUCAACAACAAUUUUUUUAUGAAGUUUUAUUUUCAACAUUGAUAUUUUUGAUUUUCGUUCAAAAACUAUUUCAGCUCAAUUUUUAAUAAUAUUUUACACUUUUCAUGAUAUCGAAACUGUAAAUAUGAUAUUUAUUAAAUUAUUAUUAAUUAGUCAGUAAGUUUGUACAAACAAAGUCUAGAUUGUAGGCUGUUCAUACGUAGUGGUUGAAUCAAUGUAUGUGUACUUAGUAUAAGUUGUGAAACAGUUCGUAAUUAUUGAAUUAUAUUGUUUUUCUAAUAAUCUUGCAAUAAAAUUGAAAAAAAAAGCUGA